AUGGUUGAAGAAUUUUUACCUCGCGGAGAUUUACAACAAUUUUUAAAGCGAAGUGGAGACUUGAUGACGUGGGCACGGGACAAGGUUGACAUGGCGAUUGGCAUUGCUAAAGCCAUUGAUUAUCUCCACAGUCGUCAAGUCAUCCAUCGUGAUCUGAAAGCCCGAAAUAUUCUGUUAACUAAGAGAUUGCAGCCGAAACUUAUUGAUUUUGGAACGAGUCGAGUCUGGAAGCUCAAUGAUAUGACAGCUG